UGCGUCCGUACAUGAACGUGAUUCUAAAAUAUCAUAUGACAAUCAUUCUACUCAUUCUUCUCUACACGUAGACGUAGAUUGUUACAGUUUACGCGUAGAUCCUGCUUCGUGUUUCAACUAGACCUGGUUUGAAACCAUGCGUUCCGUGGCAUGUGGAACGUCGGAACGCGCACACGGAUUUCAAUAUUCAGUUCAGGAUGAACGAUUCUCGCGAUGGUGGCGUUCGUGUCGCAUGGUGUAAUUGUGUCGUGUUCGUAGAAAUAUGGGAAAAUGUAUCUGAAACGCACGUCAAAGCUGUUGGAUCUAUCGGUGUCGCGAACCAACGCGGACGUGAAUCUGCGCGAUCUUAUGUGCCCGGUGUGCCGCGGUAUACUGAUUGAGCCAGUGACGCUACCGUGUACACAUAACCUCUGUCUACGUUGUCUAAAGGGUACGUUUGAGCACAACAGCCUGAGCUGUCCAUUAUGCAGGGUCAGAGUGGGCUCGUGGCUGCGUAACGCUACGAAAACGGAGACCUUGGUGAAUCAUGGACUGUGGCAGCUCAUUAGGGCCAAGUUCCCCAAGGAGGUCGAGAACAAGCACAAUGGUGAGGAGAGGGACGUCAGCUUGGACGCUGAUUAUGCAGCGAAUAGAAUACUCAGUGCAGCUGGAGAAAUACACAGAGAAUAUGAGAUGCAACUUCAAAUGGCUGAGGAGGAGAUGCGACGUCGGAGACAAGUUGAACAAAUGGCUAGCGAGGCUUUAAUUCAGAAGAUUCGAGCAGAGGAGCAGCAGUUACUGCUAGCGCAGCUAGCACAGGAUCAGUUGCUAGCCAAGACGUUAGCAAAGCAGCAGGUUGCAGAGAAACAGAAGGAAGCGGUGAAAUGUUACAAUGAGUGCAUAGGCACAUCAGUUUCCAGUUAUGUUUUUAAUGCUUCGGGAUUUAAGACAAAAAUUCUACCCGAAAAUAACAUUCAGCUGUCACAAUCUGAAAGCACACCCACCAAAGGCAGUCUUGAAAUGAGGCUUUCCGAAUCCUUGGAUGACAACUCAAAGGCAAAACAGAUGAAUCCUGGAUGUUCUACAUCAAGAACUUAUACUAUGGAAACGAAAGAAGAGUUGCGCGUGCCGAGCGAUGUAGUGAACAGCAAGAAGAAAAGUUUAGGAGUCGAGGUAUGCAUGAUGCUAGCCGAUGACGAUAAAAGAAUAGGGAGCGCAGAGAGUUCCGGCAGUCACGAUAGCAUAAAUCAGGAAAUUCAUCAUUUCAAACCAAUCAAGACGGUGCCAAGGACAAAGCUAAAACUCUCUUCGGAUGGAAAACAAAUAGAUCCGAAGUUGAUCAGAGUAAUCCCUAUUUUAAAGAAAGUCUCCAAUAUAGUGCCAAAACCACCAUCGCCAACAAAUGUAAAACGUAUUGGAUGCUCGUGGAGCGCGUUCAAAGGUAGAAUAAAACGGGACGCGAAGGAGAAGCAAGCUGCUGCGCUCAAUGUGGAGAGUACGAAGACAAUAAGCGAUCAGAAACCAUCGACGUCGCUAGGUCAUCCGCAAAUACUUUCGAAUAAACCAAUAAAAUGUCAAAAUGACGUUAUUCGUCGACUUGAUUUUGUGCCUGAACCGUCGUUUGACAGCAAUAAAAAUUAUACGAAGAAUAAUACAAACAACAUAAUCAAUGGCACUAAAGUGAGCAAAAAAUUGUCGCUGGACGACGAGUCGGAUACAAGGAAAACUCGCAAGUCCUGGCGGACACACGUGAGAAAUGGUAUGGUGACGAAAUCGAAAGGUCGGAAAAAUCUCUGGAGAAAAGAUAGAAAGGGAACCGAGUUCUCGAAUGUAGCGGAUGAGCAGGAUGAACUGAUGGGGUCCGAUUCGUCGUUCGAGAAAACGAGUUCGCAAGAUGAUAAGCAGGAUAUAGAUAACAAUGACCGCUGUGUAGCGGUUGAAGGUAUAGCGGAACAGAUUAAAAAGAAGAAAGAGAAUACAUUAAAGGAAAGAAAGACAUUAAAGUUAAUCGAAAUGAAAUCCAUUGUAUUGAAAAGAACCACGAUAAAGAGAACGUUAUCCGAAAGGAGAAACUCAAGUCCCACAACGGAUCGGAUCUCGCUUUCGUUGUCUCAAGAUAGCGGGAAAUUUGAUGAUAACUGCGCCGCAUCGAGGAGAACGAAACGUCCGCGAGCGAGCAAAGUCCCGACAGAUGCGAGUAGCAAAAUCAUUGUAUCCGGCUUGAGAAAAUCCGUGCGGAACUCGACGAAAGUUCCUUCCAGAACAGACCAUCAUGAAUCGGACGAUGCAGGCAACAAGUUCAACUAUGACUCGCCACCGGAGUCUUGCGACGAGACGGAGUGCAUCUCCAAGAGUGCUGUUAGCAAAUUUGAACUCUCGGAUGAAGAGGUGAUCGAGGAGCAGCAGCGGAUCGAGCGAUUGCUGCUACAGGAAAGAGAGGACUUCGAGUUGGCGCGUCGCUUGCAGGCGCAAUUCGACGAAAUGGAGCGGAUAGCCGGGCGCACUAGGCGCUCAAGGCAGGUCACCAUGAGCGCGAGGAGCGCGCAAGUGGACUCGCGCGAUUUCAACGUAGCGAGAACGGUUUGCAGGCCGAGUGGUGCACGCAAGACUACUCAACGAAAUUCUACGGUCAAUGGAACGGCGAACACUUUGGCUAAGAGAAAACGGGGCAGGCCACCGAAGCGUAUGAAAAUCACGCUGGAUGCGCGUGAAAAUGAGACGCGUACGCGAUAAUCGCGUUUUGAUACGUGAAAAUUGUCCACAUAGCUAAAUGUUCCUAUGAACGGUAUACGUGAAGGAAAAAGGAGAAUGAUUCUAUCGUGACUUCCUGUAGCAUUUUGUGUACUUUUAACGAGAAAUCAAUCGAACACGUAUUUCAAUAAAUUGCUAAGGAAUGCACGCGGUGCAAUAUGAAUUUUGCAGAUUGUUAUAAUGUAUUUCGGUAUUCGCUUAAUGGAACAAUGAUGUGCAUCCGCAUGCUGUUUUUGUUCCUAAUGCCUUAAUUGCGCGCGUUUGAGUAGUGGGGUGCGGCGAUUCGUGCUUGUAUAAACUGUGUUCCGAAAUGCCUAAUCUGAAUUUUAAGAAAGAAAAUAACACUGCCGAGGAAUUUCUUAAGGUUAAGAUCGGGCUUUCCGGGAUAUAGACUUAAUGUCUAUUUUUAUUAGUUUUCGAGAAUGAGAUGUCGCAUUACAAUCAAAACGAAGUAUGACAGUAGAUGAAUAAAACGUUAAAUUUGGCCAGAGAUUCAAGAGAGCAGAAUACAUCCCUUUUGGUAACGACGAGAGACGGAACUAUAGUUUUGUAUAUUACAUUUAUUUUUUAAGGAAACUCAUCUACAUUUAAAUAGGCUUAGAUCGCUCACUACUCGCUACUGCUUAUACAUAUUAUACCAGUCUCAUAAUAAUAUUAGAUAUAUGUGCAAAUUAUUUUUUUUUUUAAGUUUAAUUAUAUUCUUCGAUAAAAUCAGUAACUUUCUCCUUGGUUUUAGUCGAACCAUCUAAAUCGUGAAACGGUAAUCGCCAUGCAAUAUCUUGUUCCACAAGAGCGUAAACACCGGCUUUUAUUGUUACAUGGUAUUCGAUGUAAAUUCAAGUAAUUCGAGCAGUCUUUUACCGAGCUGAUACUUCUCUCUGCAUAAAAGUAUGAAAGAAAAAGAAAGAGAGGGAAGCGAGGGGAGGAGAGAGAGAUAUAUAUAUAUA